GUUUAAAUGUUGGAGGACAACACUUCUUUAUUAUAUAAACAUCAGUAGUGAGGACAUGAUGGUUUCAGGGGAAGUUGUUAUGCUUGUGUUUGGUGAAGUGGAAGCGCUUUCACAUCUGAGCUGAGCAUGUCGACUGAAGGAGGGGUGCCUACUCCAAUCUGCCAGGGCUUUUUGAAGAAACGCAAGGACAAAAUGAAGCUUCGGUGGGUGACUUACUGGUUCAGACUUUACAAUACAACACUAUUUUUCUACACAAAGAAGCAUGGAAGUGCUUUAGAUCUCAGGGGACAAUAUUACAUAUAUGAGUUGCAGUCUGUGCGCGAGGUGAGCGGCUCGGAUAACAAACGCUAUCUUUUUGAGAUGACGAUGAAAAACGGGAAGAAAAAAAUGCUGGCUGCAGAUACGGCCGAUGACAGACAGCUGUGGAUGAAUCAGCUGUGGAAAGCCAUGCUGCUUAAUGGGCCUGACAGAAUCGGAUCGAUCCCUGAUGGGGAGCAAAUGUCAGAUAAUAAAUCUGAAACUCAAUCUGAAGACACCACUGCAACGACUAGUAGAUGUUUCUCUUUUGAUCAAGAGUCAUUUAAAUCCUGCAGUAGUAAUGCUGAUGACAAACAAAGUCUGCACACAGACAAUGAAAUGGAGCUGAGCACCGAAGAGAUUUUACUGACAGACUAUGACAUACUCCCACCUCGAAAACUUACUGAAGAAGCCCUCUAUGAUACACUCCCUAGUACCUGGCCAGUCAGUAAGGAAGAGCACGAGGCGACUGAUUGCAUUUAUGAUGUCCCAAACCAAUUGAUCAGGAAAAUGUCAGAACAAACAGUUGAAUGUCACAGCAGUAAUGUGAGGCCUGAGAGUGGAGGUCUUCUGAGUGAUAUGAUAUCAUGUUUAGACAGUGAAUCUGCUGCCUGGGUCAGAACUGCUCCACUGUGAUUCAUCUUCAGUUACAUGAGCCACUUUAAGGGAAAAUGGUGAUAAAAUCAAUGUAUUUUAUGUUGUAAAUUUCAGUAUUGUUAAGCAUGUUUUUGGUUAUAAACCUCUAAUUAGCUAAAGCUAAACAUGUAAAUGUUACUUGCCUUUCCCCUAUUGUCCUAUGUCCUAAUU